AUGAAUCUCCUCAAAAGUGACAUGUCAUGCAUUCAACAUCACGCUAGGUCCCUCGCAGCUCAGGAGCCAGAAGCAGGCAUCUCCCGCUCCUUCAUUGGGGGCUUGUUCAACGAGCCCAACUUCGAAAACCGUUUGUCGAAGCUAGGCCCUCUGCCACCCGCCACAGCUUGGGUUCUGAAACGGCCUCAUUCGAGGCGUUGUUUCAGGGAACUCACGUUCGUCGGCCAACAUGUCCAACUGCGGAAGAGUUUUAUUCCAAGGUGUGAACAAUCCAAGAGACCAGGCUCGGAGAUGUUUCCCGGUUGA